AUGAAUGUACCUGGUCUUUGGACAGUUAAUAUAAGCAAAUCAACUACCGGUGCUUUUACAACUUCAAGAAAUCAUAAUUUCUUAUCAUUUGUUACUACGUUUGAACCAUCACCUGAUUGGAUUAUUGGUGUAUCUGAUCUUGAUUUAUGUCUUCCAAAUUGUACAUGGUUAGAUAACUAUGAAGAAUUACUUCAUCCAAUUCAUGCUGGAACAGAUAUGGGCGUUCGAUAUAAUGGUCCUAAAAGACCAGAGAAUCGGCGUAAACAAAUUGCACCAAUUGUUUCAAGUAGCAAUCAACCAUCUCCAUUUGCUAAAUUGAGUACUAAACGAAUUAUGGUACAAGGUGUAGCUUGUCCAAAUGGUCGAUUACAACAUAGUGAAACAUCAUCUGUUAUUGAUUUUGGUUCAAAUUUUGCCGAUUUAAGUCACGUGGGUGAAAUUGAAAAUGAAAAAGAUAUUGCAAAAACAAAUAUAGAAUUACUUGGUAAUUUUGUUUUAAUCUAUAUAAAUGCUGAUCAUCAUGGAUGUAAUGAACGAUUAAGCGAAAGUGAAAUGUGUUAUGCAAGAACAGAUGACAAUUGUGAUGAUGAACAUCAACAAGUUGCACUAUCAUGUGGUCAAGACAAAAGAGAAAGACGAGGAUGGUAUACCAAUGAAAAUUCACAUCAUGAUCCAAGAUGUAAAGAUGUUCUUUUAAUUGAAAAAUGUCUAUGUUAUGGCGCACAUGCUGCUCAAUGUGAUAAUAAUGGAAAUAAAGAACUAUGUAUGCCUGAACCAGUUGCAGAUAAUCGAUAUCGUGGUUUAGAACGAUAUUAUUAUAAUAAAACAAGUAUGUCAUGUGAACCAUUUUCUAGUAAUAGUGCAUGUUCUGCUCGUGGUAAUAAUAAAAAUAAUUUUCUAAUAAAAUGGAAUGUGAGACUAUUUGUAAUAAUCUUCUGGCUCAAAGUAAAUAAUGAUUUAUCAUGUCCAAUGAGUCCUUGGAGUGAAUGGAGUGAAUGUUCAGUAACAUGUGGUCAUAAUGGUAUUCGACGUCGUACACGAACAUUAUUAAGUAAUCAUAGAGCUGUUAAUCAAUAUCGUUGUCAAUCAUUACCACUUGAAGAAACUCAACCAUGUCAUUUAAACCUUUGUCCACCAACUGAUUGUGUUGCAAGUCAAUGGAGUGCACAUCCUGUACGUCAAACACAUAAUGGUGGUAAACGACGUGGACCAUUAAAAGAAACAAGAUAUUGUCAAACAGCUGUACCACGUUAA